AUGUCUCUAUUACUUCUAAUUGUAUCGGUGACUACAUUGCUCCUUGGUACUACAGCAGCUGAUCCAGGCGCUGAUCAAAGUAAUGUGGAGACUGCGUGCGAAGAUCUGGUUAAAAUAUUGCCAGGGGCAGUUCAUUUAUCCUCCAGCGCAAACUACAGUACCCUGGUCAGCGAGAACUGGUCGGCCACGGCCACGGCCCAUCCCGCAUGCAUUGUCGUGCCGGCCUCUGCGGCAGAGGUCCAGAAGAUUGUAGAGCUCCUUGUGGGCGAGCAGGUCCAGUUCGCCAUUCGCUCCGGUGGCCAUAGUCCUUCUCCUGGGGCUGCCAACAUCGACAACGGCGUGCUGAUUGAUUUGGCUGAUCUCAAUGGAAUUACAUAUGACGCAGCCUCGAGCACGGUAGUGGUCGGCACCGGUAAUAGGUGGAACGCCGUUUACACUGCUCUUGAUCCCUAUAACGUUACUGUUGUUGGUGGUAGGGUUGUCGAUGUUGGAGUAGGCGGGUUUCUCCUCCAAAGUGGUCUCUCGUACCUUUCAGAUCUAUAUGGUUUAGGUUGUGAUAACGUGGUAGAACAUGAGGUGGUGCUUGCUAAUGGAUCGCUGGUCACUGCAAGCGCCGACCAACACCCAGAUCUGCACUGGGCGCUCAAAGGUGGAGCAAACAACUUUGGCGUAGUCACCUCCUUUAAGCUAUCUACCUAUCAAAUCCAUCUUGUAUGGGGCGGCUUCAAGUUUUACGCACUCGAUCAGCUGCCAGCUCUGUACGCCGCCAUGGCUGAAUACCAAGCUGCACCGAACAAAGAUCCAUACGCCAACGUCAUGCUACAAGCUUUUACAACAAAUGCAACUAAUGGUGCUGUCCUUGAUAUUGUAUACCUCAAGCCUGAAGCGGACCCGGCCGCCUUUGCACCAUUUUACUCGAUCCCAACUACUGGCGACACCACCCAGAUUCAAACAUUGACUGAUAUGAUGAGCGCCCAGUAUGUUCCCGACAUUCCUCGAAUCGACUGGUUUGCUACCAGUUUUCUGCCUGACGCCGGUUUGUACGAGGCUAUCAAUAACAUCACAACCUCGGCAGCGAACCUGGCACCGAUUGAGUCCCUCACUGCGGGCUCCAUGGCCAUUGGCUUACAGCCAAUUUCGGCGAGCUUAGUCCUCGCUGGCCAGGAGCGUGGCGGCAAUGUAUUUGGGCUCUCAGCCAUCAACCAAACCUGGUUUGUGUUGGAUUCCGGCUGGUGGCUGCCUUCGGAGGAUGACCCGGGGCACAAUGCCACACUUGACAUACAGGAGUCUAUUUGGGACGCAGCCGUAGAGCGGGGCCUGGAGGUGGAGUACAUUUUCGCGAAUGACGCUAGCUAUAGUCAGGCAGUCUUGCAGAGUUACGGCUCCGAAAAUGUGGCCAAGAUGAAGGACGUGCAGGCACGUUAUGAUCCGCACAUGGUAUUCCAGAGGUUGGUUCCGGGGGGUUUCAAGCUAGGGCUGUAG